AUGGAUCAAAUAAACGAAAAACCUGAGAAACUUUGUGAACUUGGUUAUCAAUAUUAUUUUGGCAUAAAUGUUAAAAUUGAUAAGGAUAAAGCCAAAACUUAUUUUCGAAGUGCAACUAAUAAGG